AUGAGUUUAUCGGAAGUAGCUUUCAAAAAUUCCCUCGAUGAAGAUUUAAAUAUUGAGUUGUGGAUAGAUGCUGCUGACAAUUUCAAAAAUGAAAGUUCUGCAGAACUAUUUUCUUCAAAUUUAAACAACUUAAAGGUUGAAAAAAAGAAUAUUGUUAAUAGAAUAAAUAAAGGAAGGAAGUUAAGGAACAAAAAAGUUUCAUAUAGAAAAUUACCUGAUACUCAUGACAGGUCAAUUGAUACUUCGAAUAGUGGUAGGACGUCAUUAAUUCUAAAAAAACUUGAUAGAUAG